AUGUUGUCAAAACGACUUCUUUCGGCUAUUGGAAACACCGUCAAGGUUCAAAAUGCCGGAAUUGCCACCACCGCUCGCGGAAUGGCUGCUUCCGGUAGCGAAGUCUCCAAGAUUUUGGAGGAACGAAUUCUUGGAACCGAGACCAACAUCAACCUCGAAGAGACUGGAAAGGUCCUCUCCAUUGGAGACGGUAUUGCUCGUGUCUAUGGUUUGAAGAAUAUUCAAGCCGAAGAAAUGGUUGAGUUCGAUUCCGGAAUCAAGGGAAUGGCCAUGAACUUGGAUGUUGACAAUGUUGGAGUUGUCGUUUUCGGUAACGACAAGGUCAUCAGAGAAGGAGAUAUUGUCAAGCGUACCGGAGCUAUCGUCGACGUUCCAGUUGGAGAAGGACUCCUUGGACGUGUCGUUGAUGCCCUCGGAAACCCAAUUGACGGAAAGGGUCCAAUCGCAUCCGCCAAGAGAUCUCGUGUCGAGACCAAGGCCCCAGGAAUUAUCCCCCGUUUGUCCGUGCGCGAACCUAUGCUUACUGGAGUUAAGGCUGUCGACUCCCUUGUGCCAAUUGGUCGUGGACAGCGUGAGUUGAUCAUUGGAGAUCGUCAGACUGGUAAGACUGCCAUCGCCAUCGAUACCAUCAUUAACCAGAAGAGAUUCAACGACGCUGGAGAUGACAAGAAGAAGCUUUAUUGCAUCUACGUCGCUGUCGGACAAAAGAGAUCCACUGUCGCCCAGAUCGUCAAGCGUCUUACUGACGCCGGAGCUAUGGAUUACACCAUCGUUGUUUCUGCUACCGCCUCCGAUGCUGCCCCACUUCAAUUCUUGGCUCCAUACUCUGGAUGUGCCAUGGGAGAAUUCUUCCGUGAUAACGGAAAGCACGCUCUCAUCAUCUUCGACGAUCUUUCCAAACAAGCCGUCGCUUACCGUCAGAUGUCUCUUCUUCUUCGUCGUCCACCAGGUCGUGAGGCUUACCCAGGAGAUGUCUUCUACCUCCAUUCCCGUCUUCUCGAACGUGCUGCCAAGAUGAACAACUCUCUUGGAGGAGGAUCGCUCACUGCUCUUCCAGUCAUUGAGACCCAAGCCGGAGACGUGUCUGCUUACAUUCCAACCAACGUCAUUUCCAUCACUGACGGACAAAUUUUCCUUGAGACUGAAUUGUUCUACAAGGGAGUCCGACCUGCUAUUAAUGUCGGUUUGUCUGUGUCCCGUGUCGGAUCUGCCGCUCAAACCAAGGCCAUGAAGCAAGUCGCCGGUUCCAUGAAGCUCGAGUUGGCUCAGUACCGUGAGGUCGCUGCUUUCGCUCAAUUCGGAUCUGAUCUCGAUGCUGCCACUCAACAGCUCUUGAAUCGAGGUGUUCGUCUCACCGAACUCUUGAAGCAAGGACAAUACGUGCCAAUGGGAAUUGAAGAACAAGUCGGAGUCAUCUACGCCGGAGUUAAGGGAUAUCUUGACAAGAUCGACCCAGCCCACAUCACCAAGUUCGAGAAGGAAUUCUUGGCCCAUCUCCGUUCGUCUCAACAAGCCGUUCUUAAGACCAUCCGUGAAGAGGGACAAAUUUCACCACAGACAGACGCCCAAUUGAAGGAUAUUGUCAUCAACUUCUUGGCCACAUUCAAGCCAUAG